AUGAGAGACCACUUAAUAUACCAUACUAACUGGGCUGUCAUCUUACGAAGCGCUUUCAAGAGGGCAUUUUCGAGCUCCAAGCAAUUCGGAGCACUUGCCUCCCAAUACAACACUCUCAUUGACGACGAAGACCUUGACGACGAAGACAAGAUACUUAAAGAGCACCUGAGCACUCUCUUUUUGAUGAUCGACAAAUACAACCUACUUGAUCUGCUAUGCAUCCACUCUGCCCAUAGCCACUUUCCUCUCCCUGAAGGCACAGUUUUGUACGGAGUCGACGGCAAGUCGCCUAUCUGCCGCCGAACAAAGCCCACUCCAAUCAAGGAUAUAGUCGAUGAACACGUUCACGGACAUAUCUUCGUCGUGGUCAACUCAAAGCUUCAAGCCUAUGAAUUCCAAGAAGGCGAUGCUCCGGACUUCUCCUGCCACAACCUAGAUCAGUUCUUCGAAGAAUACAUCGAUUUCGUUGAAGUACAAAAGUUGAAUAAAAUUGCCGGCCUUCAGAUGCGGUACGGAAAUUUUAAGUGCUCGGAGAUGUGGGAGUGCUUCGAGGGCAACGAAAGUAUUAUGAUGGAUGCAUCGGCCGCAAAUUGA